AUGCUGGCCCGGUGUUUGCGGAAGCGGCCGCGGAAGCCACGCCUCCCGCGGCCGACGAAACCCGGAAAGGGUGAACGACCCCUGCUGUGCGCAUCAAUACUCGCGGCCAGUGCGCGCCCGGCUGCAUGCCGCCUGCUGCCUUCGCUCACCCCCGCCACCCCCACCCUGCCUCUUACAUCCCUUCCACACCCUCCCCCUUCAGCCCUUUGGCCGCAGCGGCAUAAGCCAACGGGGCGGGAGCGCGCGCAGCGCGAGGCGGCCCCUCGCGAACCCCAGCUUAUUCUCUCGCCGCCGCCGCCGCCGCCGCCGCCGUGGGGUGGGUUCGCGGUAUUGUGGUGGGCGAGCGGCGCGGAAAGGGGGCAGGCCGGCGGGCCAUUAAGAGGAUCUGGAGGCCCUUUGUUUGGAGGGGCAACGAACCCGGGCCAGCCGCUGCCGCUGCCGCUGCCGCUGCCGCCGUGA